GCCUCGUCCCUCCUCCUCCUCGGAGCGGGGCCGCGGGCGCGGCCGGGCGCGGCGAGGAGCGGGACCGGGGCUGCUGCACCACAGGAGGAGCCGGCCCAGGAAGAAAAUGAAAAUAUUUUCUGAGUCUCACAAAACUGUUUUCGUUGUGGAUCACUGCCCCUACAUGGCAGAAUCAUGCAGGCAGCACGUGGAAUUCGAUAUGUUAGUGAAGAACCGCACCCAGGGCAUCAUUCCUCUGGCACCCAUCUCCAAGUCCCUGUGGACCUGCUCAGUGGAGUCAUCCAUGGAAUACUGUAGAAUAAUGUAUGAUAUUUUCCCUUUCAAGAAACUGGUGAACUUCAUUGUGAGUGAUUCUGGGGCUCAUGUGUUGAAUUCUUGGACUCAGGAAGAUCAGAACUUGCAGGAGCUGAUGGCGGCGCUGGCGGCCGUGGGGCCGCCGAACCCGCGGGCGGACCCCGAGUGCUGCAGCAUCCUGCACGGGCUGGUGGCCGCCGUGGAGGCGCUCUGCAAGAUCACCGAGUACCAGCACGAGGCCCGCACCACGCUCAUGGAGAACGCCGAGCGCGUCGGCAACCGCGGCAGGAUCAUCUGCAUCACCAACGCCAAGAGUGACAGCCAUGUUCGGAUGCUGGAGGAUUGUGUUCAGGAGACCAUUCAUGAGCACAACAAACUUGCAGCUAAUUCUGACCAUCUAAUGCAGAUUCAGAAAUGUGAACUGGUGUUAAUCCACACAUACCCAGUUGGUGAAGACAGCCUUGUUUCAGAUCGUCCUAAAAAAGAGCUCUCCCCUGUUCUAACCAGUGAAGUGCACAGUGUCCGUGCAGGGAGGCACUUGGCUACAAAACUGAAUCUUUUAGUACAGCAACACUUUGAUCUGGCUUCAACCACAAUAACUAACAUCCCUAUGAAGCCCACAUUCAAUGUCUGUGAUCAGGAAGAACAACAUGCUAACACAUCAGCCAACUAUGAUGUGGAGCUGCUUCACCACAAAGAGGCACAUGUGGAUUUUUUAAAGAGUGGUGAUAACCACGUGGGUGGCAAUAGCAGAGAAGGCACAUUUAAAGAAACUGUGACACUGAAAUGGUGCACUCCGCGAACCAACAGUGUGGAGCUGCACUAUUGCACUGGAGCAUACAGAAUUUCACCAGUAGAUGUAAAUAGCAGACCUUCUUCAUGCCUUACAAACUUUCUCCUUAAUGGUCGCUCGGUGUUGUUGGAGCAGCCACGCAAGUCUGGCUCAAAAGUCAUCAGCCACAUGCUCAGCAGCCACGGGGGAGAGAUUUUCUUGCAUGUGUUGAGCAGCUCCCGCUCAAUCCUGGAAGAUCCCCCCUCAAUUAGCGAGGGCUGCGGUGGGAGGGUCACUGACUACAGGAUCACAGAUUUUGGUGAAUUUAUGAGGGAAAACCGAUUAACUCCUUUUCUAGAGCCCAGAUAUAAGAUGGAUGGAAGUCUUGAAAUUCCAUUGGAACGUGCAAAAGAUCAGUUAGAGAAACAUACUCGUUACUGGCCUAUGAUUAUUUCUCAGACCACCAUCUUCAACAUGCAAGCUGUAGUACCAUUAGCCAGUGUGAUUGUGAAGGAAACAAUGACUGACGAGGAUGUGUUGAAUUGUCAAAAAACAAUAUACAAUUUGGUGGACAUGGAGAGGAAGAACGAUCCACUGCCAAUUUCAACAGUUGGUACCAGAGGAAAGGGGCCAAAAAGGGAUGAGCAGUACCGCAUCAUGUGGAACGAGCUGGAGACCCUGGUGCGAGCGCACAUCAACAACUCUGACAAACACCAGCGAGUCCUGGAGUGCCUCAUGGCCUGCAGGAGCAAACCCCCCGAGGAGGAGGAGCGCAAGAAACGGGGCAGGAAGAGAGAAGACAAAGAGGACAAGUCAGAGAAGCUGGGCAAAGACUAUGAAUCAGAUAAGCCAUGGCAGGAUUCAGAGAGGUUAAAAGGUCUUUUGGAUCGGGAGAAAGAAGAACUGGCAGAAGCUGAAGUUAUCAAAGACUCCCCUGAUUCUCCUGAGCCCCCCAACAAAAAGCCUCUCAUUACAAUGGAUGAAAUGCCCACAGUUGAAAAGGCGAAAGGGCCAAUGUCCUUGCUGUCUUUAUGGAGCAACAGAAUUAAUACUGCCAACUCUAGGAAACACCAGGAAUUUAUUGGCCGGUUGAACUCUGUCAACAACAAAGCUGAGCUGUAUCAACAUCUGAAAGAAGAAAAUGGAAUGGAAACAACAGAAAAUGGAAAAGCAGGCCGGCAGUGAGGAUUAAUUCUGUUUCUUGGGACAAAACCUGGCCAAAAUGCAAAACUAUUUAAUGCUGGAAUUGCUCUUGGUACUGUUUCAAUACAAUUGUAUAGCUGUGGUUUGAUUGGUUUUUACAUUUUUCUAGACCUAUUUUUGCUAUGAAGUAUAAAACCUGCGUAUCACGUUAAACCAGCUGUGUGCAAAUAGGAGCUGUCCUGAAGUGUUUUCCAGUCGUGCUUUAGGAUGAAGAAAACCUCUGCUGCCAUGGAGUAAAUCAAGUAAUCAAAAAUGUUAGUCACCUUUAAGUCCUUGCCCAGAAGUAUUGGAUACUAUUUCAAAAUCAGUGAUGACUGUCUUAAAAAAAAAAAAAGAAAAAUUGAAGUAAUUUA